AUGAACGGUGGCUUCAAUGUCAGGCUGGACGGAAUUGACCGAACAAUUUGGCUGGUUCCAGUUGCUAUGAAGGGCGAUUGGCCAGCCCUCACGAAGGUGGCUUCAAUGGCACGACACCAUGGGCGAGACACACCAACUAAAGAUGAUGGUGCUGGAAUAUGUCAUCUCUGCUUGGGUGGCCAGAGGAAUCAGCCAUGGCACGAUGUGAGGCACACGAAUAUGAAGAAGCUGCGUCAAGGAGCCCCGCUUCCGUGGAAGAAAACGCCAAGCUUGCUGAAGCCACUGCGCAUUCCAGAGGAGUUGCAGGCCCAGUUCUUCAGAGUUGAUCUCUUCCAUACGUGCCACAAAGGCGUGAUGGCGGACAUCGCUGCAAAUUGCAUAGUCAACUUCUAUGAUUUUCAAGUCUUCGUGGGAGAUUGCUCAGUGGAUACGCUUUGUGAGCUUGUGUAUGCUGACCUGAAGGAGUUUUGUGCCCGACAAUCGCUUGAGUUGAACAUGGUCGCCCUCACAAAGACCCUUCUUGGCUUUCCAAAGUCAAGUAGCUUCCCGACAGGGAGCUGGUUCAAAGGAGCCGACACAACAACCUUGCUGAUUUACCUUGAGACAAAAGUGAAAGACGAGCUUCCAAAGAUUGACGACAAUGAUGUGUCCCUGUACUUCGCUGAGGCCUACUCGGCCAUUUCUAGCGCAAAUGCGUUCCUCAGCAUUUUAUACAAAGCAAAUUUUUGGCUUACGGAUGAUGAGGCCCACAUUGUUUUGGCCCAUGGGAGGCGGUGCCUGAAGGCAUUCAUGACACUUGCGGAAUGGUCCUAUGAGUGGGCUCUGACGAGAUGGAAGCUACAGCCAAAGUAUCAUAUGCUAGGAAAAAUUCUCUACGAGAUAGCCACUGUUCGCGCUGCAAAAGCUAGAGUCCCAAACCCUCUGGCUUGGGGAACUCAAAUGGAUGAGGACUUCGUUGGCCGCGUAGCAGCUAUGAGUAGACGAGUGCACGCGCGCACACUUCAUGAGCGGACCAUUUCCCGCUACCAAAUGGCGCUGAAAGCCCAGUGGUCCCGGUGA